AAAAAUAUAUAAAACUAAUUAUAAAAAACGUUUCUUUAUUUUGUAAUUUUCGGUGCUAAAAGCAGAGAGCUUUUAACAUACAUAUCCUCUUCUUCGCCUCCGUCGCGGCUUUUCAAAACAGAGAGACUGUAAGAUUGAUAGGAGAACUGUGUAAGGACAGCAACGACGCCGUUUAACAGCAGAUCUGAGUGAUAAAACGAAGGGAGAGCGACAGCGGGAGAGAAUGAGCGGGAAAGGAGGAGGCGGCGGCGGCGGUGGGAAAAGUAACGUCGGAAUAUCGGGAAUACCGGCGGGGUCGAGGAAGAUGGUGCAGAGCUUAAAGGAGAUUGUUAACUGUCCGGAAACUGAGAUCUACGCUAUGCUUAAAGACUGUAAUAUGGACCCUAAUGAGGCGGUUAAUCGCCUCCUUGCUCAAGAUCCUUUCCAUGAGGUUAAGAGCAAACGAGAAAAGAAAAAAGAGACUAAGGAUACAACAGAUCCAAGGGCCCGUGUUGCUAAUAACACAACACAUCGUGGUGGCAGAGGUAAUGCGGACCGUUAUGGACGUGCUGUUUUAAGCCAAUUCACUUCUAAUGAUUCUGGAUUUUCACAUGGUAAACCUGCAUAUAAGAAGGAAAAUGGAGCACACACGUAUCCUGGUUCUUCUUCUGCCUCCAGUGUGACAGGAAACUAUGUUAAUUGGCGACCUGCUCCGAACAGUGAUCAUGUGGCUACCGAAAAUAAAUUGUCAACUGUAGGUUCCAGUGAUGGGGUUUCCUUGUCAUCACAACCUCCUGUUGGAUUCCAACCUGCCUGGGGUGGGGUCGCUGGUCAAGUGUCUAUGGCGGACAUUGUGAAGAUGGGUAGGCCACAUAAUAAGGCGUCUGCCGUGCCACCUCACCAUAAUAUUAAUCAUCACCAUCCUGCUCCACCUCUUAUGGCGGCAUCGAACCAUGAUUUUCAUUCAUCAGAACAUCACUCUUCUAAGGUGUCUGAAACAAAUGCAGAGCCUGCAGUUUCUGUCAACCAGCAUGCUCAUUCCAACGAUGAAUGGCCAUCUAUUGAGCCAUCAGCUGCUAGUAUGCCUUCCGUUUUAGAGGCACAUUCAGAAUCUGAGCUGUAUACUGAUCCAUCUAACUUGCACCUGGAUAGAGUUAAUCAGCAUAUGCAGUCCCAGUUUGAUGAUAUUCAGCCAACAGAAAAUGACCAUAUUGAAACUCUGAGUGGUAACCAUGGACUCCCUUCUCUAUCCAGUAGAAAUUUACAGGAUGAUGGUUCUGUAGGUUCGUCUAUGUUCGAUAGUAACUUAUAUGGGACUGUAGGUUCCUACCAGCCUCACAGGCAUGCUUUUGAGCAUGAAGCUGAAGAUGGUGAUCAAUCAGUGGCUGCAAACUUACAGCAACUAAGUUUACAGGAUGAUGAUCAAUCAGCAUCAUCUGAAGAGGAUAAUCCUUCUGUAAUAAUCCCCAAUCACUUGCAGGUUCAUGCUCAAGACUGCUCACACUUGAGCUUUGGUAGUUUUGGAUCUGGCAUUGGUUCCUUUUCUGGGCCAUUUGCGUCAAUGCCCUUGAAUGAUAAUCUUGAAGAGACAUCUGAAGUCGUGGAUGUCCCGUUAGCUGCACACUCAGAUACUAGAAAUACUGAAUAUUAUGGGGAUGAGCAUCUCAGAAGUGCUGCAGAUGAGAAUUUAAUGCAUAGAGCUGGCAUGAAUCCUGGCAACUAUGAAUCAUCUGCAGUUCAGCAGGCAGAGGUUUUGAAGGAGGAUACCUCUGAAGCAGCUCAAAGGAACCAGUAUGCAUUUCCUUCAGCUGCACCUGGAUAUACUUAUGAGAACUCUCAACAGUUGAAUGCGGCAUUUAAUAACUUGCAGACAAGCUCUCAGAUGCAGAAUAAUACCCCUUUCUCAAGCGUAAUGCAGGCAUAUACAAAUUCAUUGCCAAAUACUUUGUUGGCUUCAACUGUUCAGCCAGGGAGGGAGCCCGACCUUCCAUAUUCUCCCUUCCCUGUGGCUCCAUCAAUGCCUACCAAAUUCAGCAAUACAGCUUCUUCCAUCAGUGGACCAAGCAUUUCUAUGCCAGAGGCUUUGAGAGCACCUAGUAUUUCUACCCCUCAGCCAACUCAACAGUCACUUCCUGGUGCCAGUGUAGCCACAGGACCCACCCUUCAGCAACAUCUUGCUGUGCAUCCUUAUUCGCAACCUACCCUUCCACUGGGGCCUUUUACCAAUAUGAACAUGAUUAGCUAUCCUUACUUGCCGCCGCAGAGCUACACAUACAUGCCAUCGGCUUUCCAACAAACCUUCGCCGGAAACAAUACAUAUCAUCAAUCUCUGGCUGCAGCCGUGCUUCCGCCACAGUACAAGAAUAGUGUUUCUGUGAGCAGCUUACCUCAAUCUGCUGCUGUUGCUUCUGCAUAUGGGUUUGGGAGUUCGACAAGUAUUCCUACUGGGAAUUUUCCUCUGAAUCCCCCCACUGCUCCUGGGGGUACAACCUUAGGAUAUGAGGAUGUUCUAAAUUCUCAGUAUAAUAAGGAGGCCAAUCACAUGAUCUCACUGCAACAGAAUGAGAAUUCAGCAAUGUGGGUUCACGGACCCGGUUCACGAACGAUGUCUGCCGUCCCUGGUAACACAUAUUACAGCUUCCAGGGACAGAAUCAGCAGGCAGCUGGGUACCGACAAGGGCAACAACAACUGUCACAACAGCAUUUCGGAGCUCUUGGUUAUCCAAAUUAUUUUCAUAACCAGACCGGGAUGUCACUGGAGCAUCAGCAGCAAAACUCAAGGGACGCAUCCCUCGGUGGUUCUCAGGGCCAACAGUCGAAGCAGUCUCAACAGUUGUGGCAAAAUGGCUACUAAAUCACACCAUCACCCCCGGUUUUUCAGGGUCAUCGUAGCGAGUUAAAGAGACCGAUCGCAGGGGGAAUUGUCCCGUGAUUGAAUAAUUUAUGAAAUGAUUUAGUGGGGUGGGAUCGGUCUAACGAGUGCCUCUCCCUCGAAUGGCUACGAGCUCUGUGCCGUGAGGUUGUACUUUAGAUAUUUAUCAUCACAUCUCAUCUUAUUAUGUCUCAUCUGUUUUAACUUAGGAACUACCAGAGUGUGCUGAUCUGAGUUAGUGAACUAUGUUUGUUGUUUCUCUUCUACUAUAAUAGUGAAAAUUGCCUUUACUCCCUUGCUCUGA